AGAUUGUAGGCGGGACCACAUCUGAUGCAAAAAAACAGGAAGUACACACAGCAAUGCACAGCAAUUACUUUUUAGGGAAACUUUUACCAGCGUAAACCAUCUAAAAUAUACUUUAAAGUGUUAUUUACAGCAGCAGCAUCAAUGACAGCAGAGUUUCGCUUCAUUGCGGUCGUCAUUGGUCACGGUUUAGACGGGAUUAUCUGCUCCAUUUGUUUACAUGGGGGGGGAGGGAAACAACUAGCUGACGUUAGCAGCCUAGCUCAGUAAAUUCGAGUCACAUGAGCUGGUAAUUUUCCGGCAACUUUUGUCCUCAGGAAUGCGACUUCACGUUCGUGAUAGAGCGAAGGUGGCUGUGCACUAGAGAAGGGUCGUCUUCGGGUCUCGGCGAGGCGCUGAAAGCGUCACAAUGCGCAGCUAACGGUCAAAGGGUCUCGAGCGUCAGUUGGUUGGUUUGUUUGGUCACGAGCCCCCCGGCCACUUCAUGUCAAGAUGCCUUGCUCCUGCGGCAACUGGAGGAGAUGGAUCCGGCCGCUGGUCGUCGUGCUGUACAUUUCGUUGCUGUUAGUCGUCUUGCCCCUGUGCAUCUGGGAACUGCAGAAGACGGGGGUCGGCAUUCAUAAUAAAGCAUGGUUCAUCGCUGGGAUAUUUGUCUUCAUGACUGUGCCCAUAUCAUUAUGGGGCAUCCUGCAGCAUCUGGUUCACUACACUCAGCCAGAGCUUCAGAAACCCAUCAUCAGGAUAUUAUGGAUGGUCCCAAUCUACAGCUUGGACAGUUGGAUUGCAUUAAAAUACCCGAAGAUAGCAAUUUAUGUGGACACAUGCAGAGAGUGCUACGAGGCCUAUGUCAUCUACAACUUCAUGACCUUCUUGCUGAACUACCUGGAAAACCAGUACCCCAGCCUGGUGUCGAUGCUGGAGUCCCAGGAGCAGCAGAGACACCUGCCCCCUCUUUGCUGCUGCCCGCCCUGGCCAAUGGGAGAGGUUUUACUGUUGCGAUGCAAAUUGGGAGUCCUGCAGUACACCGUUGUAAGACCCGUGACGACAGUGAUAGCUUUGAUCUGUCAGCUUUGUGGCGUGUAUGAUGAAGGCAAUUUCAGUUCCACAAAUGCGUGGACGUACCUGGUCAUCUUCAACAAUAUGUCACAACUGUUUGCCAUGUACUGCCUGGUGCUGUUCUACAGAGCUCUGAGAGAAGAACUGGGUCCCAUCAAGCCAGUGGGCAAAUUCCUGUGUGUCAAAAUGGUGGUGUUCGUCUCCUUCUGGCAAGCUGUGUUCAUCGCUUUGCUGGUGAAAGUGGGCAUUAUCUCAGAGAAGCGUACAUGGGACUGGAACAGUGUGGAGGCUGUAGCCACCGGUUUACAGGAUUUCAUCAUCUGCGUGGAGAUGUUCCUGGCAGCCAUCGCCCAUCACUUCAGCUUCACCUACAAGCCUUACAUCCAGGAGGCGGAGGAGGGUUCUUGCUUCGACUCCUUCAUGGCGAUGUGGGACGUCUCUGAUGUCAGAGCAGACAUCUCUGAACAAGUCCGCAAUGUCGGCAGAACCGUUAUGGGUCGGCCGAGGAAGUCCUACUUCGGCGAGGCUCAGGAAGACUGUGAGCGAUCUGGCCUGCUCUCUUCGGGCUCCCAAGACGCCAUCACAGAGGCGGCGUCCAACCCCGUAUCACCCAAAGGUCAAUACCAGGGCCUGGGCAGAACCCUCACACCGCACUCUGUGUCAGCGCCGGCCGGGCUCAGCUCGGCCCCGUGGGAUGAAGGACACAAGGCCGGACCUGAAGAGCCCCUGGAAGAGGAAAGGACCAAUCAAACCAAAGAACCAACAGAAGCGGAUCUCAUCGUGGUCGCCUAGCAACGCUACCGUCUACACCAACGACAGACUCUGCCCGUUAUCGUUGUGCGGGACCCAGUUACGGCCUUGCCAAGAUUAAAUUAACCAGGUGGACCUCUCUGCCAGUGACAGCUCCAAGAAUUUUCAAUGAAGUUAUGGCCCUAAAUGACUCGUUAUGGGCCUUUUAUGCCAUUUUUCGUUGCACGAGGGAGCUGUAUGGCUCAGUAGGCUUAUGAAGAAUGGUUAUUAAUUCAUUGGAGUUGGGAAAGACGUUCCAUCAGUUUCCCAAACAGCACACUAAUUGUUUCUUGAGACGAGACGCCUCCCGACAUGCGUAUCUUUUCCAAAUAGGAAAUGACACUUCUUUUUUUUUGUGUCGUCAUAUCAUGAUUUCAGAUGUGACAGAUGAAAAAGAGAAAUAUGCAACUUUUCAAAUACAAAUGUCUCCUUCAUUAUAUCUUAGUUUAAAGUGAUUUUAGGAGACGUCGAUUUGAAAUGAGUCGUCGUAAAUGGAAAUCUACGAUAUCGAAGCACAUUAAAUGACCUGAAUCAUCUAUUUUUGUGUGUCUUAGGCGGAGGGACGGGAUGCAAAGUUGAGAUUAAACUCUUUCAGUUGUAUGUUCGAGCUAUGCCUGCUGAACAAUGUGACAUCACUACAGAAUCAAUAUUAAUACGAUGUAUUUACUGUAAGUGCAUUCUAAGUAUUAAAACAACGUACACAAUUCAGUCGGUUACGAACAGCCUAUUCUAAUACGUUUCUAUGACAGCUUUAUUGCAUUCAGCUCACUCUGAAGUGUUUCAUAGAACUUCAUUCACUAGUCUUAUCAAUGCCUUGAUCUUUGUGCCGUGGAACUAGUCUGUCCAUCAAUUUAGCAUCAAUAUACCGGGAUCAGAUUUAUUUAGUUGAGAUGUUCGAUUUUAGUUGGAAUCAUUUUGCAGCUACUGCACUUCACCAUGUUCUUUUCUCCAUUGUUUGAGUUUUUGGUCAUUGUUACUUACAUGGAUUUGUGCUGGGUUAUUGAUAUGUUCAUGUACAGUGUAGGAUAUCGGUUUGUGUGUGUGUGUGUAAAAAAACAACCCAUGAAUCUAUCAAAUCAACAGCAUAGUCUUUAUCAUUGUCCAGCUAGAGAAUGUUGCCUUAUGUAUUUAUAUUUUCAAAGUAAAACUGACAGGAUCACAUUUGAGUUGAUGUAAAUGGUUCCACAUGUUAAUUUAAUUCUAUCUCUGACAGUCUCAAUAAAUCUGAUUAACUACAUGA